AUGCAAUUCAUUGGCCCUACUUAUAAAAAAAAAGCAGUGAACACACCAGUGAACAGCAUCUCUGAUGUGAGUCGAGAGCAUCUCCUGGACAAAUUUCACAAGCUUCACCGCCUCCUCAAGUGUGAAACAGUGGAGACCCAAGGUGGGAAGAGCAUCUCUGCUUCCCGUCACCCACAGGGCCUCAUGUUCUGCAUUGAACAUCUUGCUGCCAAGUUUGUGAGACAAGGUUGGGAGCAGGUGGGAAGUAAGCCUGAGGCUGCAUUUCCUCUGGCAGCUGUCAUUAUUGCCCUAUGGCACCAUCAUCCUCAACUGGGAGAUCUUCUUCUGGCCAAUUUCUAUGAGCAUUGUCCAUAUCUCCUUCCUUACUAUGUUCCCAAAUUGCAGGGACAGACUGAUCAGGAAUACUAUGAGGCUCUGGGUUAUCUGUAUACAAAUGGUCAAGUGGAGAAGCAAGACAAGUUCUUGAAGAGAAUGGCUGGAAUUACAAGACUUUAUGCAGGGCUAAUGGUCACUCCCUCCCAAUCUGGGUUUCAUCCUUUUGGUAUCAACAAUGCCUGGACAUGGCUUGCUGAAAUUCUCCAGCUUGAUCCCAGACCAGAUAUCACAGCAACAGUGCUCCAUGAGUUCCUGUCAGUGGCUGGGAAUGCCUUACAGAUGACAUAUCAGCGCCAGUUCUUCAAGCUCAUUCAUGUUCUAUGCACAGAAUACCUGAAGCGGCUUGUUGAGGUCACACCCAAGGGUCAGGGUGGACCUGUAACUCGACUUGAACACUUCCUUCAACAGGCACUGCGCAGUCAACAUUUUCCUCCUCCUGAAGGCAUGCUUCCAGCAUCCUUCCUCAUCAUUUGACCUGAUUUUGUGAUCAGUUGGAUAUAACUGAAUGUAUCAUUGUUUUUGCCUUCCUUAUUUCAGUUGUCAGUUUCUGAAAAUUUUACCUGUUUAAAAAAUUGAAGAAUAAGGAAUCUCUACACUCCUGGC